AUGUCUCAAAUGCUCAAUAUUGGGCCAACAAACACUUCAAUCCGCUCAGUCAUAAAUCAUGGAACACAUUUUGCUGGAGUUAGAUCACAAGGUCAAGGUCCUUACCAUGGUGUGGCAGCUUAUAUGAGUGUGCAUGAUUUGAAUAUUAGCAGCGAUCAAGCUUCAUAUACUAACGUCUUUGUAGACAACAAAGUUAAUUUUAUCCAAACCGGCUGGAUGGUGAAUCCAAGUUUAUUUGGUGAUGGACGCACAUGGAGUUAUGGGUUUUGGAAGGGAGCCAACGGAAAAGGUUGUUAUAAUUCAGUAUGUCCUGAUUUUGUUCAAGUGUCAAAAACCGAUCUAUUAAGUGGGCCUUUUCCUUAUCCUCGCAAAGGAGAAGGACCAAGAGCCGUUUAUCCUAGUAUUCUACAGGAUAAAGAAUCAGGAAACUGA